UCCCGCACUAAUUUUCAGCCAAAUUUCGGCCGUCCUCCCGCGCGAUACCCGCGAACUGGAAAACACCGGGCUCCGCUUCGGCCUGCGGGAGGACGCGGUGAACCCGGCCGAACCGGAUUCGACGGGCUCCGCCUCCCACCUCCGGUCGGCGCCGCGUGAAGCCGGCCGCCGAGGCUUCGACGCCGACGCCUCCCACCUCCGGCCGCCGGCGGCGGCCUGCAGCUGUGCCGCAGCCUGCACGGCGCGCCUCCUUCCCUCCUCCUUUCUCCUUCCCAAGCCUCCAACCUCGGUUAUCCCAAGCCUCCAAACCUCGGUCGUCGCCUGGGGCCAAAUCCGGCCGCCCCUUCGCCAGAUCCGGCUGCCACCUUGGCGGAUCUGGCCGCCCCUUCACCGGAUCCGGCCGCCACCUUGCCUGGGGCCAAAUCCCCCCCCGGUCCUCCUUGCCGGCGGUCGGCGAGAGGACCGGGGGCGGGCGGGGCCCACAUCUGCUGUACCCCGGGACCGGCUCGUGCAGACUGGCGCAGUGGCGCGCCAGCGGGAGAGGCCCCAGCGGAGGAGCCCUGGCGCAGCAGCCCGGGCACAGGCGCCCCCACCCUCAGCAUGCGAGGCCUCCGCCGCGAGCAGACUCAGAACUGGGCCAUGAGCAUCAAGAGCAUCAAGCCGCUGGAGGCCGGCUACAGCUUUGACGGGCAGCGGUUCGACCACGUUGGGGGCGACGCGGGUGUACCACCUCGACUCCUGCGCCGGCUGCGCGUACAUGGCGCUCGGGAACGCCGGCGUUGCCGAGUUUGGCAGGGGGAACACGAUGGGGCUGUUCGAGGUGGAGGUGGCGCUCGCCGGCGAGGUGAGGUGCCAGGCGCACAUCGGCAAGUGCAAGCUGACCCACGAUGUGUCCGCUCAAGCUGCAGCUCGCGCCACCUGAUGAUGUCAUGUUUAUUUUGGCAGAUGCUGCUUAUUGCGACAGUCAGGAAUCCAUUUAUCGUGGAGUACAAUGAUUCAUGGGUGGAAAAGGGUUGCUAUGUUUGCAUUAUUAUAGGUUACUGUGAGGGAAGAGACGUACGCAUUGUGAGGGAGGAGACAUGUAUGUAUGUCUUGGAAAAAUCUGCAAGUGGCUUGUGCAGCUUCUCAUGGCUCUUCAUUAUUUGCAUGCUUGAUCGUGAUGUGAAGUGCUCCAAUAUAUUUAUUGCGAGAGAUCAAAGCAUACGCCUUGCUAGGAGCAAGGUUGCUUCUGCAACAUCAGCUAUGAAGUCAGUGUUUUGGCAAGAGGUUCAACAGAAGGAUGAGUCAUGUGCUGUGUUGCUUCCGGUGCCUACCUGCUGCUUGUUUGAUGAAAUGUACCAACAUUUCUCUCUCAACUGUUAUUCUUUACUCUUCCACAUCCAAUUAGAUUGGCAGUAACCAUUUGUCAUUUCAUUUGAGCAUCUGAUUAACUGCAGGGCAGAUAGAUUGAUCAAGAAUUAUUUAGCUUUUAAAUUUAUGGCUAGAUUUCCUCUAUCACUCAGAUAUCUAUUAACAAGACAUGCAAUUUCUUUGUUACUCACUUUCUGAAGUUGGCGCGAUCAGAAUGCUUCCUUGCAAUGUCGUUGCUGCCACACCGGUGGUAACCACAUAAGAGGGGACAUAAUUCAUUCAGGCUAAAUUUGGUGGUUUCUAUAGCACAUAGUGUACCAAUAUUUUUACAUUGACUGCUAUAAAGAGUGUCCAAGCACUUAAGGAUUAACACGUGAAAUCUAUGUUCCUGAGGGUAAUGCAUUGGCAGUCAUUUUUCAGUUUUGUAUACCCUGUGAGACCUAUAUAGCACCUGAUGAGAGUACUGGUGUACUUUACUUGACCCUUUCAAGGAAGAAACUAACUGUACAUUUGAGAAGCGCGGUGCUGCUUGGAUGGCAUUCCUUCAUGAGGGUAAUUUUCAUUCUUUCAUUUGGCUUUCGGAGCUAGAUGAUCAGCCUAUGGCAAUUGCAAUGUUUCUUAUUAUUCAGAAAAGACAUAAUUAAUUUUGGCUAUCAGGCUAUGCAUUAUGAAAUUGUUUAAUUGUAUUGGGCCUACUUCAAUCCUAUUCAUAACAAAAAUAACCUGAAGAGUGGUGGGCAUUGAACUUCCACUGUCCUUUUCCACUUGACAGGUGUCAUGGUGGAGAGGUUGUGUUUCAAAAUGCUGAGGCCUACACAGGUGUCAAGGUGGACUUGCACUAUGGACGUGAUGUUUUUUCAGUUGUCCAUGCCUAUGAAAUUUUCCGAGACAUGUGGCCAUUAUAUUGUUAUUUUUUUGUUUCUGCAUAUUUCUUCCAUGCAUGUGAUGUUAGUUCCAGUUAAUUUUUUAACGUAUCUCUUUGACAUCAAAACUAAAACAUAUUCAAUGUGUGGAAUUGUAUAGAUGGAUUUGCAAGAGAACUAGAGAAGAUGCAAACUAUUUGCUCAGGCUGCUGGUCUUAUCACAGCUGUAUGCAUUCUUAAA